AUGCCUCAUCGCUGCGCUUUUGGAUGUAAAAACACCAACAGUGGUGUGGUGAUGCAUAUGUUUCCAAAUCCAAAAAGAUUUCCUGAGCACUUCCAUGCAUGGGUAAAUCUUCUCGGAGGAAAGUUUGAAAGAUUAUCAGAUCAUGAAAUCUACUUAAGAAAGAGGAUUUGUGAUAUACAUUUCACUGAUGCACAUAGAAAUCGGUAUAAGCGCCUUAAUGCAUUAGCAAUGCCAACAUUGUAUCUACCAGGUAACAUUGGCAAAAUCACCAAAGCAGCUAAUAGUGGUAUUAGUGGUUCUGAACCUGCCAUUCCAGCUGUGAUACCUCCACUUCAUGAUACAAAUACAGGUGAACCAAACCACAUACCAUCGACAGCAGCUGUAUUAUCAGAACACAAUUACAGUGCUAUAAGCAGAAGU